AUGGCAAAGCAACAUCCCAUCCAUCGAAGUCGUAUGACUGCUGCGUGCGGGAAGCUUCAGCGAUUUGCAGCCUCAUUGGAGCCAUAUUUCGAUAUUAUCAACAUUUUCAUACAAGCGAAACCAGAAUAUGCUGCCCUUGUCUGGGUCGGUGCGAACGAUUUUCCAGGUCUGAGGUCGAAGGUCAGCUUCAUUCGCCAACUCAUCUGGCAACCAUUUGACCAUCAAUUUGAGGGCCUGUUGAGGAGGCUCGAAGAACACAAAACGCUUUUCCACUACGAAGUAUCUGUAAUCACAACUGAGGAGGCCAUCACCUUUUACAGCAAAUAUGAAGCCAACAUGCUUGAAGCGGAGAGGCAGGCAGGCUCAGAUAACCACUAUAAUGCGAUUGAGGAUGAGAGAGUAAAGCAGCUUCGCAUGUGGAUCAAUCCACCAACUUGGAUGGACAAAUUUGAGCAAGCUCAAAAACACAGAACCGCAGGAACUACUGAUUACAUCUUGGAUAAUCAGAUCUAUCUAGACUGGAAGAACAAGAUUGAUAAUUCGGCUGUGAAAUUUCCAAGCAAAACCCUUUCGAUCCGAAGUUCCGAAACCGGGUUACGCAAAACAGUAUUGUGCGCAACUACUAUCGAUGACCUGAUACAGGGAGAGUAUGACGUGUAUUUUCGAAGAGCUCCCAGAGACCCUGCUACCACUGUUGCCUUUUACUUCUUUGAUAGUAGACGUGUGGUCUCAAACCGGCUUGUCGAUGCUGGAAGAGCCUUAUUGGCUCAGUUAAUCCAUCUCCAUCAAUACAAAAUGGAUUUUGUCGACAUCGCCUCUACAGUUUUUGCCAAGAACGUAACAGGCUAA